AUGGACAAAACUAGCGACGAAUACAAAUUUGUCUCCCUAUUUCAUGUGAUCUUUGUGGUUUUCAAUAAUUCACGCGAUAAAAAGAAACUAUCGACCUUCCUUUCUAAAUGGAAAAGAAACCGCUUUCCCUAUGAACUUUUCGACAUUUAUGAAUCAUCAACCAAAUUUCGAUCCUUUUCUCCUUACGAAAAAUCAAUUAACAUCACUGCAAUACUCCCAUCGCCUCCUGCAGACUAUGAAAAUCUCUUACAAAUAAACAUCAAAAGAAAAGCUCUUUCAUGUUCUUUUUUGAAGGCAAAUGCAAGCUUUAAAUUCUUUAGUGAUACGCCUUCACUUGAAAAGAAAUUGAACUCAAUAGUCGCUACUGAUGAGCUUCUUUCUGGGUUUCCCCUAGCAGCCUUACAAGACCGCAGGCUUCUUGCCCAAAUAUUGCUCUGCGGGUCGAUUGAGGAACUUGGGACCUUUUUCACAAUUAGUGCUAAAAAGACCCCAGAGCUGCUUGAUCUUUUAUGGUCGCAUUUCAUGACAGCCUUUUAUUGCAAGUCUCCUCGUUUGAAAGAAAAUACUUUUUGCAAGGCUUGGAUUCGACAAAAUAUGCAGCCUCGUGCUCGAAACAUAGCCGCACGUAUUAGCGAUCGUAUUUUUGGCGAGCAAAAAGUGCCUAGUCGAAGGUUAAAUUUCACACUCCAGGACAAGGUUUUCAUUCUCAUCGAGGUUUUCACGGAAUCCCCCUUGUAUGAAGAACAGAGGACAAUUAUGUCCACCAUUUUAGACAAAAUGAUGCAUGGAAGGUCGUAUGUUGUGCAACAGGGAGUGGCCGGCGGAAAAACCACGCGUUUCGGACCGGUUGCCGCAAUCGUGGCAACGUCGAUUUUGAGAAAACUGCCGAUCUUCAUCUUCCCCAACUCCAUCCUCAAUCAGAACACUGUUCAGCUGCGGCAGUGGCUUUUUGACUUUUUCGGCAAAAGCGUUUUCGAAUUCAAAUCAGAACGAUCGGCUUAUGGAUACAGCGAACCGUAUUUGCGCUAUUUGUACUAUCGCCUUACGAUGGCCCAUCAUCGCGGCAAUGUGUUUGUAUCUUCGAUGAACAGCAUCCAAUGCCUGUUGAAUGCUAGGAAAGAACUGCUGCUGCAAAACACGAAUCGGUCAAAAGAGUCUCUUCUUUGGGUUCUGAGGAUCCUUCAUUUCAUCGAACAUUACUCGAUAUUUGUGCUCGACGAAGCGGAUGAAAUCAUGGAUUUUUCUAUUCAGUAUAGCUUUGACACAAAAGAGCCGCAUGAAAAAGAUUGGGAUCUAAUUGAUGUGCUUAUUGAUUGCUUCCUGUUUUUGAGAGACAAAAGGAUAUUCCGAUCGCAAACUGGAGAAAAGAUCACCAUUUUUGAGAUCAAGGACCCUCUUACACCGUCUACUGCCAAAGCUUUCAAAGAUACAUUGAAAACGGAGCUCAAAAAUAUUUUGGCAAAAACCAGCAAGGAAAAUCGGGUUUUGAUCGUGGAUGGCCUUUUUGUCAAUUGCUGGGAAAAGGUCCGAAAUGUGGGGUAUGGAGCAUCCAUGGCCUCGCCAGUUCCAUAUUCCAUCCCGUAUGCGAUGGCAAAUACACCAAGGGAGGGCAGCAGCUUUGGAAACCAGAUGUUUAGCAUUGCGAUUUCGGUAAAGUUUUACCUUGAAAACGAGAUGAAAACUCUCAGCGAGCCUCCUUUAUUCUUUAGAGAGGAGGAAAAUAUUUACUCCACCCUGGAGCUCUAUUAUGAUUAUGAAGAAGUAGAAGAAAUCAAGAGGCAACCCA